GUCCGGCCCGUGUGUGUGUGUCCGGCCCGUGUGUGUGUGUGUGUGUCCGGCCCGUCCCGUCCCGGCGUGCACCGGGUGUUCGCCCUUGACAACAAACAUGGCGUCGGCGACAAAGAUCAUCCAGUGGUUGCGGAACCUGGCGGCGGGGAGGAAUCUUCAAGCUAAGCUGCAGCUUCGAUACACUGAAGUUGCUUCCAGAAGCCCAGAGCCGCCGAUUCUACCAGUUGGUCCCAGUCAUAAAUUUGCAGAUAACUACUACUGCCUACGUGAUGGUCGCCGAGAGACGGCUCCACCUACAAUCAUUUGGUCACCACAGAUAGCACUAGCAGCAGAAACCUCGGCAACCAGCAGUGAAAGCACUGUGGCAGCCACCGGCGUUAAGAUGCCGGUUAAACCUGGACAGCCGGUCAAGAUGGAGCUAUCCACCGAUCAGCCUUACUUGUGACCCCCGACAGGACGUGAUUGUGGACUCUGUGACACUUUGUAAGUGGUGUCGUCCAUGGGAAGUGUUUGAGCUACUGAACAACCAACUCCAUGGAGUUCCAGCAUCAGGUGACCCAUGUGGGAGCGUUGCAGUCCCACUGCUUGUGGAGUUAGUAAACUGUUCAUGUAAACUGUCUCAGUAAGCAUUCACCAUAAUAAACACCAUGUGUGCAAUA